CUGCGUCUUCAAUCCUGCGCCGGAGUGUGUGGCAGAGACACUCCCAGGCUCCCACGAGAGGAGAUCUUUAAACACCUGAUAUCUGUGCCCGACUGGAAGAUUGAUGGGAGUGUCACCAGCAUCUCCAAAAGCUUUGUAGCUAGAAACUUCAAAGAAGCCAUCUCCUUCUUCAAUAGAGUGAUGGAGGUGGCAGAGGUCGAGGGACAUCAUCCAGACCUGCAUCUCACAAACUACAGGGAUGUGCAGGUGGUGGUUUCGACACAUGCCAUCAAAGGGCUGUCGAUAUAUGACUUCAUCCUUGCUGCCAAGAUAGAUGCACUGCCGGUGGAAUUCAGCCCCAAGUGGCUCAAGGCGCAG